GCGCCCAAUUUAAACAAUCACAAACGAGCAAAGGAGCGGGGCCAACAUUUUGAAAGCUCAACGGAACUUCGGUUUGCAGCAGCGAAACGCGAACAAAACUACAAAUUUCUCAUAAACCCUGACUUCUAUUCUAUGUGGCUACAAUAACUAGUCUUUUGAGAUGGCUACUUCUCCUGUGAGCCCUCUGACUGAAGACCAACUGUUGUGCCCGAUCUGCUUAGAGGUGUUUAAAGACCCCAUCUCUACUCCAUGUGGCCAUAACUUUUGUAAAAACUGCAUUUCCAAACACUGGGACAAUGAACUCUCAUGUCCUAUGUGUAAAAAGGAUUUCAGCUGUAGGCCUCCCCUUCAUGUUAACACGUUCAUUUCGGAGAUCUGCUCCCAAUUUAUGAACCCAACAAUGGAAAAAAGUGUGGAACUGUAUUUGGCAAAUGAAACGGGAGGCAUCACGUGUGAUAUUUGCACUGGGCAUAAACUAACUGCUGUAAAAUCCUGCCCGGUAUGCCUCUUUUCUUAUUGCCAGAACCAUUUGGAACCUCAUUUGACAGUCCCCCGCCUUCAAAAACACCACCUUAUGGAGCCAAUAGAGAACUUGGAGGAGAGGAUGUGCUCAGAACAUGAUAAACCGCUGGAGCUAUUCUGUCUUCGUGACCAAGUUUGUGUCUGUAUGGCAUGCACAAUUUUGGACCAUAAGAACCAUGAUAUAAUCCCACUAAAGGAAGAGUUUGACAACCGGCAAGGUUCACUGAAGCAAAUCAAAUCUGAAAAUCGCCAUUUGAUUGAAGAGCGGCAGGACAAAGUUCAGAAAGUUAGACAAAGUGUAGAGCUAAGUCGCAGUUGUGCACAACGAGAAAUGAACAAUGGUAUGGUGUUUUUCAAUGCUGUCUUGGAGAUUGUUCAAACUAGCAUGGCGGAGUUUCAAAAUGAGAUCCUGACAAAACAGAGGGCAAACGAGAAGGAAGCAGAUGCACUUAUUUCAGAGCUGGAGAGUGAGAUUUGUCAACUGGAGGGCAGAGAUGUCAAAAUGGGACAAAUUGCAUGUUCUGACGACUAUCUACAUGCUAUACAAAGCUUCAAAUCUCUGAAAAUUGCCCCAAAAAUGAAGGACUGGAGCUUGGUAAAGUAUGCGCCUACUUUGUUUGAAUGUACUGUGAAAAAAGCUGUGGCAAAGCUGGAACAUUCCUUCAUGGACCAGAAGAAACUGUUGACUCCUCAGGCUGAGUUAAGGAGGCUGCAGCAACACGCUGUAAACAUAACCCUCGACCCUGACACUGCUAGUCCAUGGCUAACCCUAUCCGAUGACCGUAAGGAAGUUUCUGACAGAGGAAAGAAAACUGCUGUUCCGCACAACCCACAAAGAUUUUCCAAUUUCUUAUGUGUUCUUGGGAAGCAGGGGUUCAAUAGUGGCAAGUUUUACUACGAAGUUCAAGUGAAAAGAAAUGAAAACUGGGACGUAGGUGUUGUUAAAGAAUCAAUUGAUAAAAAGGACAAAAACUUCUUAUUUUCGAAGAAUGGAACUUGGGCGGUUAUGCUCAGAGAUAGAGAUAAGUACAGCGCCAGUGCUAGUCCAAGGGUUGAGCUAUUGGUGAAGUCUGUUCUUCAAAGGCUUGGAGUAUUUGUUGACUACGAGUUGGGCCUAGUUUCAUUUUACAAUGCGGAAACUGCAGAGCAUCUUUACUCCUUCACCAACUGCAACUUCUUCGGGAAACUAUAUCCGUUCUUCAGUCCUGGAAACCGUGUGAAUGGGUUUCCAUUUACUCCUCUGAUAAUCAAGCCUGUUAAAAAAGUUUAGAAUGGACAAAGGACCAUUUUUGUUUUUUCUGGGUUUUUUUUUACAAUCUGACUCUAUGGUGGGGGGAAGGGGGGGGUUGGAUCAGUUAAUUUGUUGUUGUCGUUCUUUGAAUUUGGGAAUUUUUUUACACAAAAAUCAUCACUAAUAGACUGUAUGAUAAAUUGUACAAAUUGAAAGAUAGAUUAGAUCAGAUAAAUUUUCCAUUGUUCUUUUUAUAUGGUGUCUAAAUAAUUCAAAUGUUCCCUUUUUACCUGAUUUAUAAAAACAUAUUGAAGAAGAAAAAAAGUUUUGUUCUGUACUUUUGUCAAGAUUUUUUCCCAGGUUUAAAUAAAGCUGAUAGUGUACG